AUGCCAUCCCCCAAGAGGUCCUCACACCGAAAAUCGCCGUCAGCAGAGCACGAGUCAGAUCGCCGGCACCACCGCAGCCUGCAUAGCCACGGCCAAUCGCAUUCGCAUUCGCAUUCCCACCGGCACCGACACCGCGAUCACUCGCGCUCUCGUUCUCCCCAUCGAUCUGACCGGCAACGAUCCGAGCGUCAUCGCCGACAUGACCGAGAGCGAGGUGACCGCACAGAGCGAAAAGAGCGGGACCGUCAUGACCACCGAAGCAAAGAAGCCCCGGCGCAAACCGUGCUCCUCCCGUACCAGGCGCGCGAGCUCUCACGACGCGAUUUAGAAGCAUACCAGCCGAUGUUUGCGAUGUAUCUGGACAUCCAAAAGGGACUUCUUGUGGAAGAUAUGCCAGAGGAGGAGGUGAAGGGGCGGUGGAAGAGUUUCACUCGGAAGUGGAAUCAUGGUGAACUCGCCGAGGGGUGGUAUGACCCAGCUACACUAGAGAAAGCGCGCCAAAGUGCGGCAGAAUAUCAGCCCGGUCCGACGGAUAGGGCAUCGCCGGACUAUGGACGAGGCGAACCGUCCCAGGAUGUGGGUGCGAUGGUGCCACAAGCCGGAGAUGAUGAUGAUGAGGAGGAGGAGGAGGAGGAAUACGGGCCAACACUGCCGGUUCCAGGGUCUGUGAGGGACGUCACAUAUUCCGGACCGACUAUACCAAACAUGCAGGACCUCGAACUCAAGCGCGAAUCCGCAAUUGAAGACGCAAUCGCCGCCCGCGAGGACUCAAGACAACAAUAUCGCUCCGAACUACGCUCCCACAAAGCCGAGGUACGCCAUAUCGAAGACGAAGUCGCACCACGUGCCGAACCCGGUACCCGGGAACGACAGCUUGAGAAACGCCGAGAGGCCGCUGCUGCAAAUCGCACCUUUGCCGGUGCUCGCGGGGGAUCCCCGGAAGCAGCUCCGGAUGCAGAGCUUAUGGGGGAUAAUGACUUUGCGUCUCUCAAGAAGGAGAAGGAAAGGGAGCAGCGGAAGAAGAAUGAGCGGGAGAUUCGACGGGAGGAGAUUAUGCGAGCUCGGGCUGCGGAGCGAGAGGAGCGAGUGCAGAAGUACCGCGAGAAAGAGGAGGAAACUAUUGGAUGGCUGCAGCAGUUGGCGAAGCAGCGGUUUGGUUGA